GAAAACAUACUUGUCCUCAAGAAAACUAUACGUGCAGGGAUAGUAAUAAAUGCAUUUCGAAAUUCUGGUUGUGUGAUGGUGAUAAUGAUUGUGAUGAUAAAUCUGAUGAGAAUCCUGAAUUAUGUGAAUCAUGUUUAGCAUCACAGUUUUCAUGUUCAAUUACUAAACGCUGUAUUCCUCAUUCUUGGGUUUGUGAUGGCACAUUUGACUGUGGUGAAGGAGACACAUCUGACGAACACCAAUAUUGUGAAAUACCCACAUGUCAAGAAUUUGAGUUUACGUGUACAAAUGGACAUUGCAUAUCUUAUGAAUAUAUUUGUAAUGCAGAAGAUAAUUGUGGAGAUGGUUCAGAUGAAGAAAAGUGUUCUGAUUGUUCUGGUGAAUUUCUUUGUGUGAAAAACAAUACAUGCAUUCCUUUAAAAAAAAAAUGUGAUGGAGUUAUUGAUUGUGAUGGAGCUACAGAUGAAUUAAACUGUAGUAGUGGAUUAAACAACACUAACUAUGUCUGCUCAAAUGAUGAGUUUCUAUGUUUAAAUACCACUGGUUUUUGUAUCGAUAAACAUUAUGUAUGUGAUGGAUUACCUGAUUGUCCUAAUGGCAGUGAUGAAAACAAUUGUACUUCAAUUAAAAAUUGUACUCUUGAAAAUUGCCAUUCGCAUGAAAUCAACAAUUCAUCAUCUUUAUUUUGUUCUUACCCAAAUAUCACUUGUGACAAUAAGAGAACAUGUAUUUCUGUAGACAUGUUAUGCAACGGUAAAAAUGAUUGUUUAGAUGGUUCAGAUGAAGGUGGACAAUGUGUUGAAUUUAACCCUUGUGGAACAAAUAAUGGAAAUUGCUCACAUUUGUGUUUAUUAAACAUAAAUUCUAAAUAUAAAUGUGACUGUCCACAUGUUAUGCGAUUAUCUAAAGACAAUCAUACAUGCAUUGAAAAUGAAAUUGUUUUACUAUUUGCACAAAUAAAUGAAAUUAGAGGUGUUAAUUUAGAACAACCAUAUUAUAAUGCRAUUCCAACAUUAUUGUCUUACGAUUCACAAGCUUUACUGCAUGUACAAAUAGAUUACUUAGCUGCAGAUAAGAAAAUUUACUGGUCUGAUUAUUCUACUAACGAAAUUAAAAGAUCUAGUUUAUCUGGUGGCAACAUUGAAGUAAUAUUAGAUACAGGAAUUCAUCAACCACAUGGAUUUGCUAUUGAUUGGAUGUCAAAAAAUAUGUUCAUUGCAGUUAGUUCUGAUCAAAAUCCUCUAACAGAAGAAAAAAUCUCUGGUGCUAGAACUAUAAUAGCUUGUAAUCUUGACGGAGAGUAUUUUACUACCAUAUAUUCUAGCGAUUGGACUGCUGAAGAUACAAAUAAAACUCUACAAAUUGGUGCAUUAGCUGUACAUCCACAACAAGGCAAAUUGUUUUGGACACAAGGAAUGUCAAGUGGCCAUCAUAAUAUUAUAAUGUCCAAUAUGAAUGCAUCUUCUUCUCUAAUCAUUUAUACAGAAAAAAUAAUACCUUUUGUACCAGGUUUUACUA